CCUGUCACUAUCCUCACAUCAGGUUCGUCUGUUGCUGAAUACCACUCCUCGUCCACAAUGUCGCCUCUUCGUGCUGCCAUCUUGGUUUUUUGCCUCUUUGUAGGCGUAGCUGUGACUCAGACUCAGGACGGCAACGGCGGCGACACCGACGGCAGCAACAAGGUCGACGAAGACCUUGAUGAGAUAAGCUGCAGGGCCACUCUUCAGCAGGCUCUGGAUGCAAAGAACAGCCAGAACAAGAAGGGAGGCAACCGCAAGAAGCGACAAAUAAACCCUCAUUACCCCUACGGUAAUGUCAUCAACAACGCCUACCUCCGCGACACCUACUCCCACCCACACCACUACAACUACAACUACGACAGACGUCUCCUUAGGUUCCCCUCCGCCCCCCUCCUUGACAACCGCUUCGACAACCUCCCGAUCUACCGCUUCUUUAACAGCUUCACCCCAGCCGGCACCGUACGCUCAACUAGUCGUCUUGUCCGCAACUAUGCCCGUCUCAACACCAACUACGCCGACGCCCUGUACGACUUCGGCGUCCUCCCCCUCGUCAAGGUCAAAGAAGUCCGUUCCUCGUCAGUCACCAGAACCGUGGUUCAACCUGACUACGUCGCCGAAGUGUUUGGAACUCCAGGGACUGAGGUUCGUCUGAUGAGAAAUGGCUGCCCCCUAGCGGAUUACCCCCACACUGCUUUCCCUUGCCUGACCUUGACCAUUAAUAGUAGCCUUCCUUUCGGUCAAGUCAUCCGCCGCUUUGCCUACAUCCCAGGAUUCGGUUUCGACAACAACAUGGUCGUCAACGGACCAUUUGUUGCAAAAUAACUUUUUAAUCUCGUUUGAAGCAUACAAGAAUGUUCAUGGUUGUUAGAUAUGAUUUAGCAUGAAGUGGCAAGCAAAUGAUGUAUCACCUGGAUGAUUUAUUUGAUUUGGAUCGACCACGUUUAAAUGCAUCUGUACAUCAUGACAUUCUGGUAUGUGUAUCUUCAUGAAUGUGUCAGUUUUGAUAACAACGGUCAUCUGCGAUAGCCUGUUUUCGUGUGUUGUCUUUUGUCCAAUAAAUUAUUGCAGUCUGAUCAAA